UUGAACCAGUUUGCUAAUAGACAGCGCAAUAUAGAGUCGAGUAAAGAAUAAAAGUGGUGCUUCAAUAAUAAUAAUUUUUGGGAGUUUUAAGAAUAUAGAUUUAUCAUAGUGGUGUCGACUACUAAAAAAAUGAGGUUAUACCUAGCUUUGGGGACUCUUUGUCUUUUGGCCUCUGUUUUGGCCAAAGACGAUAAAAAAGAAAAGGAUGAUGUUGGUACUGUCAUUGGUAUUGAUUUAGGAACAACAUACUCAUGUGUGGGUGUUUACAAAAAUGGUCGCGUGGAGAUCAUCGCAAACGACCAGGGUAACCGAAUCACUCCAUCCUACGUCGCCUUCACCGCUGACGGGGAACGUCUAAUAGGAGACGCAGCCAAGAAUCAACUUACCACCAACCCCGAAAACACCGUAUUUGACGCCAAACGUCUAAUCGGGCGCGACUUCACUGACUCCACAGUGCAGCAUGACAUAAAACUGUUCCCCUUCAAAGUAAUUGAGAAGAACCAGAAACCACACAUCGAAGUAGAAACCAGCCAGGGAACGAAAGUGUUCGCCCCCGAAGAGAUAUCCGCCAUGGUCCUGGGCAAAAUGAAGGAAACCGCCGAGGCUUACUUGGGUAAAAAGGUCACCCACGCUGUAGUAACGGUGCCCGCUUAUUUCAACGACGCCCAGAGACAGGCCACCAAAGAUGCGGGAACCAUCGCCGGACUCAACGUUAUGAGGAUCAUCAACGAACCCACAGCCGCCGCCAUUGCCUACGGAUUGGACAAGAAGGAGGGAGAGAAGAACGUACUCGUCUUUGACUUGGGUGGUGGUACUUUCGAUGUGUCGUUGCUUACAAUCGACAACGGAGUUUUUGAAGUAGUGGCGACCAACGGAGACACCCACUUGGGAGGAGAGGACUUUGACCAGAGGGUUAUGGAUCACUUCAUCAAACUGUACAAGAAGAAGAAGGGCAAGGACAUCAGGAAAGACAACAGGGCCGUGCAGAAGUUGAGGCGCGAGGUUGAGAAAGCGAAGAGAGCCCUGUCCUCCAGCCACCAGGUCAGGAUCGAAAUCGAGUCCUUCUUCGAAGGUGAUGACUUCUCAGAGACUUUGACCAGGGCUAAGUUCGAGGAAUUGAACAUGGAUCUUUUCCGCUCAACCAUGAAGCCCGUCCAGAAGGUACUUGAAGACGCCGACAUGAACAAAAAAGACGUCGACGAGAUCGUACUCGUGGGAGGCUCCACGCGUAUCCCUAAAGUCCAGCAACUCGUCAAGGAAUUCUUUGGAGGCAAGGAACCGUCCCGCGGUAUCAACCCCGACGAAGCCGUGGCUUAUGGCGCCGCCGUCCAAGCUGGAGUACUUUCCGGAGAACAGGACACAGACGCCAUCGUCCUCCUCGACGUCAACCCCUUGACCAUGGGUAUCGAGACGGUCGGUGGAGUUAUGACCAAACUGAUCCCCCGUAACACCGUUAUCCCCACUAAGAAGUCGCAGAUAUUCUCCACGGCUUCCGACAACCAACACACCGUCACCAUCCAAGUUUACGAAGGCGAACGGCCAAUGACCAAGGACAACCACCUGUUGGGCAAGUUCGAUCUGACUGGCAUCCCACCCGCGCCUCGAGGCGUACCACAGAUCGAAGUUACCUUCGAGAUCGACGCUAACGGUAUCUUGCAAGUGUCUGCCGAGGAUAAAGGAACCGGGAAUAGGGAGAAGAUUGUCAUCACCAACGACCAGAACAGGUUAACACCCGAAGAUAUCGAUAGGAUGAUCAGGGAUGCCGAGAAGUUCGCCGAUGAAGACAAGAAGCUUAAGGAGAGGGUGGAGGCGAGAAACGAACUGGAAAGCUACGCCUACUCCCUUAAGAACCAACUCAGCGACAAGGAUAAGCUCGGAGCCAAACUAUCCGACGACGAGAAGACCAAGAUGGAGGAGGCGAUCGAUGAGAAGAUUAAAUGGUUGGAGGAUAACCAAGACACCGAGGCCGAGGACUACAAAAAGCAGAAGAAGGAGUUGGAGGACGUCGUCCAGCCGAUCAUAGCGAAGUUGUACCAAGGGACAGGUGGCCCUCCACCACCGAGCGGCAGUGAAGAAGACGAAGACUUGAGAGACGAGUUAUAAGGGAGCUCCCGACAUAAAAAAAGACUGAAAAGACUGUGUGAAUGCGUGCGCGUGUGCGAGCUAGGUAUUUAAUUUUACAACAUCCGCGAUUGUCUCAUCUGUACAUGUUUUGUAUUAUUUAGAGUUUUAUAAACAAAUUUUCUGUAGUUGAA